UUAUUAUUACCAUGAAUAUAAUCCAAACAAAAAUUUAGCUUUUAAUGCUAAAUUGUUAUGCUGAAUGUUGCAUUCCAAGCAUAUAAUUUUAUUCAUUAUAAAUAUUAAAAAUAUUCAGCCUGACAUUAGCCUGCUUGCUCCCCGAUCUCUUCAAGAAAAGGCUGAAUUGGAUGUGUCACCACUUGGUCUGGGGAGCAGCAGUCCGGGCUCAGCCCCUGCACUGUCAGGGCUGAGCAAGCAUUGCUGCUGCUCUGCCAAGUGCAGUUCUCAGGUUUAAUUGAUGUGGCAGAGAGGAUAUUUUCAGAUGGACCAGCCUGAUGUCGCCAUCUUCAAGGAGUGGGAAUGAGCCAGGAGAAUAAAUUAAAUGAAUUAUACUUGCCCCGCAGUGGGGAUUCGCUGUUGGAAGAGCCUGAUGUGGCAACACUGGAAUUUCAGCUCACAUCCUGCUAAGGGGGCUCUUUCCUUUUGCAGAGUGGUGCAAAGGCCUAAGUUCCUUUAAAAUUAAAAAGCUGCAGCCCUCUUGAGUGUAAGUACAGCCAUGGCAAAUAUGACCUACUGUUUGGUCAAGUUUUGUUCUCAUUUACAUGAAUUCCAAUAAAUUUAGACUUGCUGUAAAAGGGCCUUACUUUCAAGCUUAUAACGAAUAAACAUAUCUCAUUCUUACAUCAUUUUAGUUCAAAAUCCAAAAUGCCUGGGACUUCUGUACCCAAUUCUUAGUGCCCAGUGUUCUUGGACAUGCAAAUCCAAGGCUGGGUUUUUUUGUUUUGUUUUGUUUUGUUUUAAAUCAGGUGAGCGUCACACGCUUCAGUUUUGUAAUGAGAGUUUUUGCACUGUCCUAAUUAAUACAGUGUGCCUGUCCUGGACCUUUGAAGGAUGUGGGAGUAUCGGCACCUCCUACGUAACGCUCAUCAGCGUGCAGAAGUAAACUAGUCUGGUCACUUAUGGAGGCCCAUUUAAAACCAGGAGGAUUACUCAGAUUGAAAAGAAAGCUUUCAGGAAUCUUCACUUAAAAAACCCCAAAAGGUCAUCCUCCCAGAAGUUAAAUCUAACCUUGAGACAAAGACACCACUUUGGAGCAGUUCAUAGCCCAGGGGUUGACAUUCUCCCACAAGACAUGUGGAAUUGUGGUCUCUCAUCUGAUGCAGGGGUUUGAACUCGCAGCUUGGCCUUCCUCUUGCUGAUGACCGGGUUCCUGUUUGAUCCUGUUUACAAGCUUUCGAAGAUUGAAAAUAGCCCCAACUCCUCUGCAUUGGCUAAUUCAGAGGCAGCAAUUGUGUGAACAGCCUCUUCGCAAGAGGACCAAGUGUAGUUUGUGACAGAAUUGCAUGGAGAUGAUCCCAAGCUGAAAGUCAAAACAGGAUCUUCUUUUGAGUUCACCGAGUGACCUGCAAUUUUAUUCCAGCACCUAACACAGGAUGUCUUCCAAGCGACCAGCCUCUCCGUAUGGGGAAGCAGAUGGAGAGGUAGCCAUGGUGACAAGCAGACAGAAAGUGGGAGAAGAGGAGAGUGACGGGCUCCCAGCCUUUCACCUUCCCUUGCAUGUGAGUUUUCCCAACAAGCCUCACUCUGAGGAAUUUCAGCCAGUUUCUCUGCUGACGCAAGAGAACUGUGGCCAUAGGACUCCCACUUCUCAGCACAACACAAUGGAAGUUGAUGGCAAUAAAGUGAUGUCUUCAUUUGCCCCGCACAACUCAUCUACCUCACCCUUGAAGGCAGAAGAAGGUGGGCGUCAGAGUGGAGAGUCCUUGUCCAGCACAGCCCUGGGAACCCCAGAGAGGCGCAAGGGGAGCCUCGCAGAUGUCGUGGACACCCUGAAGCAAAGGAAAAUGGAAGAGCUCAUCAAAAACGAGCCAGAAGAAACUCCCAGUAUUGAAAAGCUACUAUCAAAGGACUGGAAAGACAAGCUUCUUGCCAUGGGAUCAGGGAACUUUGGAGAAAUAAAAGGGACUCCAGAAAGCCUCGCUGAGAAAGAAAGGCAGCUCAUGGGUAUGAUCAAUCAGCUGACCAGUUUGAGGGAACAGCUGCUAGCAGCUCACGAUGAACAGAAGAAGUUGGCUGCAUCUCAGAUCGAGAAACAACGCCAGCAAAUGGAGCUGGCUAAGCAGCAACAAGAACAGAUUGCAAGACAACAGCAGCAGCUUCUGCAGCAGCAACACAAAAUUAACCUUCUUCAGCAACAGAUCCAGCAGGUCCAGGGUCAGCUGCCUCCAUUAAUGAUUCCCGUAUUCCCUCCAGACCAGCGAACCCUAGCAGCAGCUGCACAGCAAGGAUUCCUUCUUCCUCCUGGUUUCAGCUACAAGGCGGGAUGCAGUGACCCCUACCCCGUUCAGCUGAUCCCAACUACCAUGGCAGCUGCUGCCGCAGCAACACCGGGCUUAGGCCCACUCCAACUGCAGCAGUUGUAUGCUGCCCAACUUGCUGCGAUGCAAGUGUCUCCGGGAGGCAAGAUUCCUGGCAUUCCCCAGGGGAACCUUGGUGCUGCCGUGUCCCCUACCAGCAUCCACACAGACAAGAGCACAAACAGCCCUCCACCCAAAAGCAAGGAUGAAGUGGCCCAGCCUCUGAACCUUUCAGCCAAACCCAAGACAUCUGAUGGCAAAUCUCCCACAUCACCCACCUCUCCUCACAUGCCAGCUCUGAGAAUAAACAGUGGGGCCAGUUCACUAAAGUCCUCCGGGCCAGCAACAUUAGCGAGUCCUUCGGCCAGAGCCAACACAAUAGACAUCCUUUCUUCUAUCACGUCGUCAGGUUAUUUAAAUGACCACGAUGCUGUUACCAAGGCAAUCCAGGAGGCCCGACAGAUGAAGGAGCAGCUACGGAGGGAGCAGCAGGUGCUGGAUGGGAAGGUGGCCGUGGUGAACAGCCUGGGUCUCAAUAACUGCAGGACAGAAAAAGACAAAACAACACUGGAGACCCUGACUCAGCAGCUGGCAGUAAAACAGAGUGAGGAUGGGAAGUUCAGCCACGCAAUGAUGGAUUUCAACAUGAGUGGAGAUUCUGACGGAAGUGCAGGAGUUUCAGAGUCUCGGAUUUACCGGGAAUCCCGAGGGCGUGGUAGCAAUGAGCCCCACAUCAAGCGCCCAAUGAAUGCGUUCAUGGUGUGGGCUAAGGAUGAACGGAGGAAGAUCCUUCAAGCCUUCCCUGACAUGCACAACUCCAACAUCAGCAAGAUACUAGGAUCUCGCUGGAAAGCUAUGACAAACCUAGAGAAGCAGCCAUACUAUGAGGAGCAGGCCCGGCUCAGCAAACAGCACCUGGAGAAAUACCCAGACUACAAAUACAAGCCCAGGCCGAAGCGUACCUGCCUUGUAGAUGGCAAAAAGCUACGCAUUGGCGAGUACAAGGCCAUCAUGCGCAACAGACGCCAGGAGAUGAGGCAGUACUUUAAUGUUGGGCAACAAGCACAGAUCCCCAUUGCCACGGCGGGUGUAGUGUACCCAGGAGCCAUUGCCAUGGCGGGAAUGCCUUCCCCACACCUGCCCUCGGAGCACUCGAGCGUGUCCAGCAGCCCAGAGCCCGGCAUGCCCGUCAUCCAGAGCACUUACGGGGUCAAGGGCGAGGAGCCGCACAUCAAGGAGGAGAUGCAGCCCGACGACGUCAACGGAGAGAUCUACGAUGAGUACGAUGAGGAGGAGGACGACCCCGAUGCAGACUAUGGCAGUGACAGUGAAAACCACAUUGCGGGGCAAGCCAACUGAUCGGGGUCCCAAUGUCUCGUGACCUGCAGGACUUCAAGGAGAAAAGAAAAAAUAAAAUAAAUAAAUAAAGCCCCAUCUGGUUUAUCCUUGCCAGUGGCCAAGCACAUUAACUUUCUCAUACACUGACUGUUACUUUAACUGUUAGUCUUAAAUAGUUGGGACAUCAGCUGACUAAUAGACAUCAGCCUGCAUCAGAAGAAAAAAGGCUCAGAAGAAAGGAAACAAAGACAACGACAACAACAACAGAAUGAUAUAAGCUAUGGGUAAAAUAAUGCCAGUAAUUCAGCUGCUAUACCCAAGCACUGAAGUCUUACCCGUCGACCUUUUAUUAUUAUUAUUUUUUUUUCAAAUAAACUUUAUGGCUGUUUGUUCUACAA